AGAAAAGAACAGAAAGCUGCCUGCAAUAGUCGAUAAUAGUUUUUCUUCCUUGAUGUUGCUUCGAGAUAAGAUCAGAGUGUUGCUUUUCUGCUCUGCAUCAGGGGUUGCUAGAGGAAGCGGGUGGCAGAAGUUUGGAGCCUACGUGAAUCUUGGGGCGUAUUAUUUGGUUGGGACACCGGUAGCAGCUGUGUUGGCUUUUGUUUUACACUUAAGGGCGAAGGGCCUUUUGAUUGGAUUGACAACAGGAUCAUGUGUACAAGCUUCUCUGCUUGCUCUCAGGACAAUUUUCACCAAUUGGCAAGAGCAUCCAAAUCAAGAGAGAGGAUAUUUGAGGGAAACUCACACAGUGGAUUAGUCAAUCGAGAAAAAAAUCAUCACCAAGUCAUUCAACUAGAUUUUGUUAUUU